AUGGAGGACCCUCCCGCUGAUUCUGGCGGCGGCGAUGCAUCAACGCUGGGCCCCGCGCUGCAAGUGUCAGAUAUCUGCUGUACAAUUGGGACUUUCCCCUGUCGUCUCGUGGAGUGGAAAGUCAAGCCGGGGUCUUACGUCAACGUGGACUCCGUGUUAGCGCUCUGCGUCCCCAUACCCCCGGAGAAGGUGGAAGGGACACCCAGACUACAUGAGAGGAAGGUGAAGUCGGACCGCGCGGGAGUCGUUCAGGAACUGUGCUGUCAACUCGGACAGGUCAUACCUCCAGGAGGCGUCAUUGUCAGAAUUGCAGGAUGCAGCCACCCGAUCGUAAUGAAAGGCUUGUGUGCCGAAUGUGGCCAGGACCUGACUCAGCUGCAGAGCACAAAUGGAAACCAGCAAACUCCCAUCUCCACGGCAACCGUCUCCAUGGUGCACAGUGUACCCGAGUUGAUGGUCAGCUCUGAGCAAGCAGAGCAGUUAGGCCGAGAGGACCAGCAGAGGCUUCACCGCAACAAAAAGCUGGUCCUGAUGGUGGAUCUUGACCAGACGCUUAUCCAUACCACUGAUCAACACUGCCAGAAAAUGUCCAAUAAGGGGAUUUUUCACUUCCAGCUGGGUCGAGGAGAGCCGAUGCUCCACACGCGACUACGGCCGCACUGCAAAGAAUUUCUGGAGAAAAUUGCCAAAUUGUAUGAGUUGCACGUCUUCACGUUCGGGAGCCGCCUUUAUGCACACACUAUUGCGGGCUUUCUGGACCCGGAAACGAAGCUGUUCUCACAUCGCAUCCUGUCUAGAGAUGAAUGCAUUGACCCCUUCUCAAAGACGGGGAAUCUUAGGUAUCUUUUCCCCUGUGGGGACUCAAUGGUGUGCAUCAUCGAUGACCGUGAAGAUGUGUGGAAGUUUGCUCCCAACCUCAUCACUGUGAAAAAGUACAUUUACUUCGAGGGCAUCGGGGACAUGAACGCGCCGCCAGGCUCACAAGAAGCUCUGAUGGCCAAGAAAGGAAACCCACCAGGUCGUCCUGCUGAAAACACAGAGGCGUCUGAGAAUCUCUGCGCGGAUGAGCAAAAUAACGGCCUCAGGAAAAAGCCGGUAAAAGAUGGGUCUGCGGCUUCCCACUGCUCUCAGGGCAUCCCGGCAAAUGAACGGACACAUCCCGCCGCGUCUGUGCAGGGUGAAGUUCUGACAGAAAAACAUUCAGAGCCUGAUGAGGAGGCCGCAGUGAAAAAAACUCAGGGGGUUGAUAGUCAAGAAAAUAGUAAAGAAAGUAUUAGCAGGACAGAGGAGGCGCUGGACAGUUUGAACUCUUUAAAACCGAACAAUGAGUCCAAUAAUUUGGACUUUGACCUUUCCAGUGACAGCGACAGUGAAUCUGUUAGAGAUAAAACGCCCUUAGUGGAUGGUGGCAACCAGACAAAGAAGUCAGAGCAUGAAGUUGCUUCUCUAGAAGACAGUGACGAGGCAAAGGAAAGCAGCGGGAAAGUCCAAAGUUCUGAUUCGGCAGAAACUUCAGACAUUCUCCUCCCAGAGCUUGGGAACGGCUGCUCGGACAGGAGGGAACCUGAAACCGAAUCACAAAAUAGUGAACAAUCUGGGGUUACCAUGGGGGAGGAGCUCCUGGACCAGAGCAUGGAGGACGAAGAGGAAGAAGAAGUGGAUAAUGACAAGGACGAUCACCUUAUUUAUCUGGAGGAGGUGCUGGAACGGAUUCACGGCGAAUACUAUGCCCGUUACGAGGCUUUUCUAAAGACGGAAGUACCCGACACGCCGGACAUUCGCAAGAUCGUCCCGGAGCUAAAGAGUAAAACGUUAGACGGCACGACGUUAGUGUUCAGCGGCUUGUACCCGACCAACUACCCGAUAGAAAGGACUCGUGAGUACUACCAUGCGAAGGCACUGGGGGCCAAGAUUGGCAAGAAUUUGGUUCUAAGCUCACAAGAAUCCAAUGGGACCACACACCUCAUUGCUGCAAAAUCUGGCACAGAGAAGGUCCGUCAGGCGCAGGAGUGCAAGAACCUCCAUGUGGUCAACCCUGACUGGCUGUGGAGUUGUCUGGAGCGCUGGGAAAGGGUUGAAGAGAAGCUUUUCCCACUCAAGGAAGACUACACCAAGCAGCCGUGGAGCAACAGCCCAGCAGCCUUUAUUGACAAGCAAGGCUCCCGCCAGAAGCCUGUUUUACAAAACCCACCUCCCAUCCAGCACAGACCUCCACCAGCACUCCCCGAGGUUCGAACCUACGACCCUGUUACUGGCAAGUUGAUCCGCAAGGCCCCUCAGGCGUCGCUGCAGGUGCCUUUCCUUCAGGCUUCUGAUCAGCAGGAGCAGUCAUGUCUCAGGGGAGUGCCAAAUUGUCAGCAAGAUGUGGCGGCAGGAACCAGCCAGGAUGACGAGUCGCUAGGGCCGACGCGUCGGAAGCGCCAGCCGAGCAUGUCAGAAACUAUGCCGUUGUACACUCUUUGCAAGGAGGACCUCGAGAGCAUGGAUAAAGAGGUGGAUGACAUCCUGGGUGAGGAAAGCGAUAACGAGAGUGAAGGGCGAGGUAAAGAGAAAGCCGGUAAUGAAGAGGCAGAGGAAGAGGAAGAACAGCAACAGCAAGAUGAACAGCAUCAUCGGAAAGGAGAGGGACCACUGACAGGAGGAGGGUUAGGUCCUCAGGCACUUAAGACGCACGAUCCGGUCCAGACGAUAUGUGACGAGGCCAAUCUGUUGUCUACUGUGUCCAGGGGCCACAAACGAAAGCAUGAAGACGGCAAGGAAGACGACGAUGAUGUCGGCAAGGACGACGAGUCCUCCAAAGAUGACGAAGAGGAGGAGGACGAAGAAGAGGGAAGCUCCUCGGAGGCGGACGAGAUGGCCGCCGCGUUGGAGGCGGAGCUCAAUGACUUUAUGUGA